UUACAGCCACCGCCGCCGUCGCCGCGUGCGGGAGAUGAGCUCCGGUCCACCUGCUGAACAACAUCACCACCACCACCACGACUAUGACCGCGCCUCGGAACCGUCUUACGACGCGCAAAGCGGAAAAGCGGACGACGGGAGACACGACGACGCGUUCGAGGUCGAAAAGAAAGCAAAAAGCGGCGUGGACAAGAAAGUGAAAGCUGCGCAGCUAGCGCACACUCGACCGCAAAUCUACCCGUGGAUGACUAAACUGCACGUGAGCCACGAAUCGGAUGGGAAACGAGCGAGGACGAGUUACACCCGCUACCAAACACUGGAACUGGAGAAAGAGUUUCACUACAACCGAUAUUUAUCCAGACGAAGGAGAAUCGAGAUCGCGAACACGCUGUGUCUGAAUGAGAGGCAGAUCAAAAUCUGGUUUCAGAACCGCAGAAUGAAAUGGAAGAAAGACACAAAGACACAAAAUGAAACAUCAAUACUAAACUAAAAAAAAAGUAUUUGAAGUAACAAUGUGUUAUGAAUAGGUCUUCGGCUAUAUUACAAUUCAUCAUCAUCAUGAUAAUCACCUGGUCUUUAAUUUUACUACCAUGAUAAUGUACAUUGGCGGGGGGGGGGGGGGGGGGGGGGGUGUAACCCUCAAAGAUACAGAUGCUGUACCUGUAAUAGCCUGUAUAUAUUUAACCUAGAAAUGUGGAUAUAAUGUACACUUUACUCUGAAAUCUAAUUAGGGCCCAUUUAUGGACUUAAAGCCAUUGUUAAACGCACACUAUCCACAUUUCCAGGUGAAAAAUACAAAAACGUACAAAAGGUUCCACUGCAGAGACAAGGAAAGGUACAGGUUAGUACUAUUUUUCUGAGUGUGUAGGCAGUUUUAUAUAAUCCUCUCAAGUCAUGAAGGUGCAGACCGCCAUGUUAAAAUUUUACUGAGCUUCGGAGAUGAGAGGUGCACGUGCACUGCUCCUUAAACAUUGUUAGCAUUAAUUCAGCACUGCUGCUUCAAAUUAAUUCAUAAUUUUUCCAUCCCAGGCCUUAUGGUAGACAGGGCAGACGUUUUUUUGUUUUUGGGAUGCUGCCAAAAUGGCCACCUAUAGUGAGGAAUCCUCCUCCAAAAUAAUAAAUAAAGCUCAGGAGGGUCAUGAGAGCAUGAUGAUGUCCACAAUACCGAAUAACAAAUGAUCUGCAACAGCCUACUACUGAUAUUAAAUAAAGCAUGAGUGUCAUUUUUACAAUGUAACAGGUUUGAAUGUAAGAAUGCACCACUGAUGCUGGAGCUAGAGCACUUAAAUAUAGGCCUAAUACUGAGAUCGAUUUGUAUAAACGUGCAAGGAUGUAUUUUUGUCUAUAAUUUAUGAUAUUAUAACGCUUCAGAGCUACUAUGAGACACUAUGUCUACACCGAGGUCAGUGCACAUGAGCACAGAUUUAAGUUUUCUUUAAUCCUUAAUCUUUGUUGAUGUUUUAUUCUCUGCCUUACUUACAAGCUUGGAUAAGAUACUUUUUCUUUUUUCCUUUUUUUUUCUUCAGUAGAAAAAAUAACUUCAGUAUUUAUUGUGUCACAAACAAAGCAAAUGCUGUAUAUUGGAAAUGUUGCACACAUGCUAAACAGUCCUCAUGGCUGUGCAAAUAAUGGAUUCAAUAAAUAAAUGGAUGCAAUAAAUGCCAAUCCUGUACCGAAUAAAAUAUCUUAAAGUCA